UCAUUAACAUAAUUCGAACACAGGACUGAGACAUUUCUCUAGAAUAAAAAUAAUAAAUAAAUCAAUACAUAUAAACAAAAAAAGAAAAUUAAGUAGAAAAAAACAAAAAAACGCAUAAAAAAAUAAACCCAUUUCCAUUGAAGCCCAGACUAGAGCUUCCUGAAAACAAACAAAUCCAAGGCACCCAACUUUGCAUCAAGACCAAAAAAAAAAAAAAAACAAAAAAAAAAAAGAAUUCUUUGGAAAAAUGUCCUCAAAGAAGCAAGCCCUUUUCAUAUCUUCUCUAAUCAUCCUCUGGUACUCAUCCAACAUUGGAGUCCUCCUCCUGAACAAAUAUCUGCUCUCCAAUUAUGGGUUCAGAUUCCCAAUCUUCCUCACAAUGUGCCACAUGUCUGCCUGUUCCAUCCUCAGCUACAUUUCCAUUGUCUUCCUCAAGAUUGUGCCCCUCCAGAUGAUAAAAUCUAGGUCCCAGCUCGUCAAGAUUGCAACUUUGAGCCUUGUCUUUUGUGGGUCUGUUGUUGGUGGCAACAUUUCCCUCAGAUACCUAGCGGUGUCCUUCAAUCAGGCCGUGGGUGCAACAACGCCGUUUUUCACUGCUCUGUUUGCGUAUUUGGCGACCUUUAAGAGGGAGGCUUGGGUUACGUAUGGUGCACUUGUGCCAGUUGUUACCGGAGUGGUGAUUGCUAGUGGGGGUGAACCAAGUUUUCACUUGUUUGGGUUCGUUAUGUGCAUAAGUGCGACUGCUGCAAGGGCCUUUAAGUCUGUUCUUCAGGGUAUCCUACUUUCCAAUGAAGGGGAGAAGUUAAAUUCAAUGAAUUUGCUGCUAUAUAUGUCGCCAAUUGCUGUUCUAGUUUUACUGCCUGCGGCACUUAUAAUGGAGCCGAGUGUCUUAGAUGUCACUUUAGAGCUUGGAAAGCAGCAUAAAUACAUGUGGUUACUUCUUGUGGUUAAUUCAGCAAUGGCCUAUUCGGCUAAUUUGUCGAAUUUCUUGGUGACCAAACAUACAAGUGCACUCACACUCCAGGUAUUAGGUAAUGCAAAAGGUGCUGUGGCUGUUGUUAUCUCUAUACUUAUAUUCAGAAAUCCGGUUACUGCUAUCGGCAUUGGUGGGUACACCAUAACUGUUAUGGGAGUUAUUGCAUAUGGAGAAGCAAAGCGGAGGUUUAGAUAAAGUUAUCCUUGUACUGACCAAAUUUAACCCAUUGUUCUUCCAGUAUUUUACUUGAAGAAGGUAGUGGAGAGAGUUAUCUGCAACUAGAUUCUUGGUAGAAAAAUUGUUUUGUUGAGAGAGAGAGAGAGAGAGAGAGUUAUUUCAUUGUGGUGUUGUAUUUAUUAUGUCGAAAGUUAAAAGGCGACCACAUUUUUCAAAAUAAUUCGUUGUUAUCAUCAUUUCCUAUCUUACACGGGAUAGUAUUGUAGUAUUAUAGUUUAUCAUUUUUUAUUUCCAUAUUAUUAUUAUUUUCUCAA